GAAUGCACUAUUGAAGAGGUCUCUGAUGAGGAAGGGCCACCUCCCUCAAAGAGUUCAAAGGAUAAAAAGGCCAACGGACCAGAUUCUAAAUCUUCUAGUCUUGUGUUCAAGACUGGAAGAUUGUUGGGUUUCUGUUUUUGUUUUUCUUCAUUAUUUAACAGUUGUCGUUUUUCAGUUGUCACUUGCACUUACGGGUUACCUGUUAAUUUUUAUGUUCUAUGGAAUAAAAAUACACUAGAUUUUGGAGAUUGUUGGGUUAGCUUUGCAAAAUUCUCAAAUGAAAAUUGGUCUUCGGUUUUGUGCAGGAUACAAUGGUUCGGAGACCUGCAGACCCUGAGGAAGAGCUCAGAUGGAUGUCUCAGGAAGUGCGUGGUUAUGUUGAAGCAGUCUUGAAUAGCUUGGCUGCUAAUGUUCCCAAAGCUGUUGUUCUUUGCCAAGUUGAGAAGGCCAAGGAAGAUAUGCUAAAUCAGUUGUAUAGCUCUGUCAGUGCUCAAAGCACGGCGAGGAUUGAAGAGCUACUUCAAGAGGAUCAGAAUGUAAAACGCAGGAGAGAGCGCUACCAGAAACAGUCCUCUCUGCUCUCUAAGUUAACACGCCAACAGAUUCAUGACAACCGGGCAGCUGCUGCUUCUAAUUGGUCGAAUGGUAGUGCAGAAAGCAGCCCCAAGUCAAAUGGUCCAUCAGGUGAUGACUGGAGAACAGCAUUUGAUGCAGCUGCAAAUGGUUCUGUGGACUAUGGUUCGUCCAGGUCUACAUCUAAUGGCCGCAGUCGGCAUCACAAUGAUUCAGCACAGAAUGGCGAUUUAAGCAAUGGUUCAAACUCAGGCAGCCGGCGUACUCCUAAUCGAUUGCCACCUGCACCACCAGGAUCUUCAGGCUACAGAUAUUAAUAGUGGCCUGACUGAUGAUAGACAAUUCAUACACUGAAUUUUUGGUGGGUGAGAUUCUGCAAAGCCCAUCUUACUAUUUGAUAAUUUGGUUGUUCAAAAUUCUGUUUUAGAAUCUGUAGGGGAGGAGAGAGGGUGGUUGUGUACAUAAGACUACAGUUGCUCAAUAUCAGUUUUUUUGCGGCUUGCCUUAGAACAACUGAUUCAAGGUGUUCUUGAAAUCAAUUGGUAUAUUUUAUACACACUAUGAUCUUUUUGUUCCUAUUUUAGAGUUUUUUCUUUUUCUUUUA